GCGAAGCUCGCUCGUUUUACUGAACUACAAAAAUAACAAGAAGCCAAUGUUUACAAAAAUGUAAACUUUGUGCCAAGGAUAUAGAAAUCUUUUUUAGCUAGAUGUCAUUACAAAAUUUUAGAUGUCAGUGGUUGCUAUUUGACUUAAAUUUCCCCUCCACACAGCAAUAACUAGUAUUUGUGGUGUAAAGCCCCCACAACCAAAUUCUCUGGAUGCGUGCGAAAAAAACUGACUAUUGUGACACAGCUAAAUUGUAUGGCUAAUCCUGGGACUGCAGUUACUACGUUAUGGAAUUCAAAGCCAGAAAAGAAGAUUGGACACACCACUGCAGCUCUAAAACAAGAAGGAAUACAGGCACACACCCAGGAAAACAACUUCAAAACAUUCUUUAAGGAAAACAACUUGCAACAGAUAAACAUUGAGUCUGAAAUGGCCAACUCAACUGCUGCAACAAAAGUGACAACUAUGGCAACAUUAGUUUCAAGUAUUUCAAGUUUAGUUGGCACUGCAGGAACAUCAUCUAACCAAGGAAUGGUAACGGCUUUCAUAUCAUCAAGACCAAGUGCAAAUAUAACUUCAACUACAAACAUCACCCAAAUCACUCAACCAAUCAUUGUAGCUCCAACUCAACCAUUGUUAUUACCUAAACCCAAUAUACAGCGCAAACAGAUAAUCCAUUCAACUCCUCCAAAAAUUGGUUAUAAUCCCAACCCAUCAGUGUUGACAUCACCUCUUCAUGGUUCACCAAGUCAUUCAUGGCAGGUGACGUCACCUUUAAAUCGAAAAAGAAUUCGUGCAGAUUAUGAUCUGGAGCAGCUUGACAGUAAACGCAGAAGAACUCCCAAUCGUUGUGGCCCAGAGAAAGGUGGAAAAGGUCUUCGACAUUUUUCAAUGAAAGUUUGUGAGAAGGUUCAACAAAAAGGAAUCACCUCAUAUAACGAAGUUGCAGACGAGCUUGUUCAAGAAUUUAGUGAACAAAGCAUGAAGAGUGCAAUGACAACUGUUGAUCAAUCUUAUGAUCAGAAAAAUAUUCGACGUCGCGUGUAUGAUGCACUGAACGUACUGAUGGCGAUGAACAUCAUUUCAAAAGAGAAAAAAGAAAUCAAAUGGGUUGGACUGCCGACGAAUUCGGCGCAAGAAUGUAAACACCUGGAGGACCAAAAGAAGGAGAGAAUUGAAAGAAUUAAACAGAAGCAGCAACAGUUAAAAGAGCUAAUAGUACAACAAAUUGCGUUUAAAAACCUAGUCGAGAGAAACAAGAUUGCUGAAAAGAAAACUGGUCCUCCGCAAUCCAACGCUUGUAUCCAUCUUCCCUUCAUUAUUGUAAACACGAGCAAGAAAACAGUGAUAGAUUGUAGUAUCUCCAGUGACAAGUCUGAAUAUCUUUUUAAUUUCGACGAAGCAUUUGAAAUUCAUGAUGACAUCGAAGUUUUAAAGCGAAUGGGUUUGUCAUUCGGGCUAGAGAAAGGAGAAUGUAACCACGUAAACUUAAAGUCUGCAAGAAGUAUGGUCCCAACAGCACUGGAACCUUAUGUUAUGCAAAUGGCGAACGGUACUUACGGUGACAUGGAACUCAUAGCAUUAGAUAGAAACGCAAAAAAUUCGAUAUCACCUUUGGCAACGCCACUUUCAUCGGAGGUACGGUCGUCGCCAGGUCCUUCCACACAUCGGCAAUCAUCGCGAAAAAAACGACCAUCAACGUCCACUUUGUCGGCAGGUACUGCUAAGCGCGUAAGAAACUAUGUAUCGUCUCCGCAAGUAAAGUCGGAAAAUGACACGGACAACGAAAGUGGGGACGAGAAUAGUGCGGAGACGUUUUAAUUAGCCUUUCACGACUAUUUUUGUAACAAAGGAAAUCAUUCAGAGGUGUGAAGUUUAUAUACUGUGACUGUGCAAAGUGGACAUAGAAAUGUGAUGUUGUUGGAAGCACAUCUCAUGGAGUUAUGGCAUGAGAGAAAAAAGAGAUUUAGCUGUGUUUAUAUUUGAAUCCAAAUAAUUUUCGACAUUCCGCAGAUGUAUUUCGAUGAUGCUUUUCGUAUAAUUUUGCACGAUGUAUACAUUCUCCGUGAAGGAGAAUUAUUGGUUGUUUGUUUUUUUUUUUGAAAUAUGUCAAGGGAAAGGGUCUUCACCAUUUUGUCGAGGAAAGUGGAUAUUUUUGGAUGUGUUUGUAGUUUCAAGUCGUAUCUGUUUUUCAGUAACAAAAACGUUACAGAUGCACUUGAAAUGUCGUUUCACGCAACUACUACUAUUAAUUUUCGUAAACUUAAAAAUGGUUAAUGUCUUUUCCAUUGACGUGGGCCACCGAAAAACCUGGAACUUUAUUUUAAACACAAAAAAAAACAUUAAAAACGAUAUCUUUAAAAUUUCUCUCGAUACACAUGGAUAUCUGUGUUGUAGUAUUAACAUCGAAAUGAUUGUUCCGUUUUUAAGUGUAACUUUUCAACAUUAUUUCUUUUGCAUUCAUUGUUUUUCCUAUCGUGUCGCUUCCUUGAAUGUAAAAUCUAAGCUGUAAUUUUUUUACCGUUAUCGUAAUCCCGUGCCAGUUUUGAAAUGUGUAGAGAAAUUGUUUUUAUUUUUAUUUUGAACAAUCUCUGACCAGUAGCUUUGUUCUUUACAAACUUUACUAUGAAAAUCUUCAUUAAUGUUAUUCUUGUUAUAUUGUAAAUAUUUCAUUCCUAAUGUCAUCUCACCAUUUUUCUGUAUGCGUUCUCCUUUCGACUUCUUGUUCUCGUUUUGUUUUUAACUUCUUGUAAACAAUGCUACCAGUGUAGAUUUUGCUCUAAAAGAUUUCCGCACAAUGUUAGGAUUUUGUUCAUGGCCGAACUAUUAUAACAUGUUUUGUAUUGAAAGUAUAGUCGGUGUAUGAUUGUGUAUAUAUAUAUAACAUUUACCUAACUUUAACGUAUCAAUAGAUAGAAAUAUUGGAAAAUUAUCA